GGCACUUUGUUGACACGUCAUUCACAAGGCGAAUGGUGUUGCGUUCACCCACGUGGGAUGCUGUUACGUCAGGUGGGGGUCAGUGUGAUGAUGAAGAUGAGGCACAGGGGAUAAGAAAAGUGACUCUCGCGAUAGUGUCAGAGCGGCUCCUGUAAAGAUGGCAGUCAGCAGCAUCCGAGGUCGCCCGUUACGGAGCAGUCGGAUGCGAGGUCGGACUGACAACGGUGAGGAACACGUCCCACUGGAUCUGUCAAGAGAUCCUGCAGAGAACCUUCGUGAAAUUCUUCAGAAUGUAUCAAAACAGCAAGGAGUCUCCAAUAUGUGCAAGCUUGGUCAUCUGAACAACUUUGUAAAGCUUCUCUGCAGUGUUGGCCACUCAGAGGAGAAGCUUGGCUUUACAUAUGAGGAGAUAAGUAUUUGUCUUCGAUUAGCAUUGCUGAAUGAGGCUAAGGAAGUACGUGCAGCUGGGUUACGAGCUCUGCGUUACCUGAUCCGAGACAGUAGUGUACUAGAGAAGGUGCUUCGUCUGCAAGUGGACUAUUUGAUUGCAAGGUGCAUAGACAUCCAGCAGAGCAAUGAGAUUGAGAGAACACAGGCUCUCAGACUGGCACGCAAGAUGAUCACUGUAAAUGCACUGCUUUUCCCCUCCUCUCUCACCAAUUCCCUCAUCGCUGUGGGCAACGAUGGGCUGCAUGAACAAGAUCGUAUGGUGCGGGCCUGCAUCGCCAUCAUCUGUGAGCUCACCUUGAAGAACCCUGUUGUGGUGGCACAGCGUGGCGGUCUCAGCACCAUUCUGAAGAGCGUGACCAACUGUCAGCUGAGUCGCAUCAAUGAAGCUCUCAUCACCACAAUCCUGCACCUCCUCAACCACCCUCACACAAGGCAGUACGUCCGCUCAGACGUUGAACUCGAGCAAAUCCUGGCCCCAUACACUGAUUUACACUACAGACACACUCCUGAUAUAGCAGAUGGGCAGCUUAGGGAGGACAGGGAGGCUCGAUUCAUGGCCAGUAAAAUGUCUAUAGUUGCCUCGUUUCGCUCCUGGUCAGGCAUCAUUAACCUCUGCAAGUCAGGCAACUCUGGAAUCCAGUCUCUUAUUGGCUUACUCUGUAUACCAAAUAUGGAAGUGCGGAAAGGUUUGUUAGAGGUGUUGUAUGAUAUCUUCCAGCUUACCAUACCUGUAGCAACUACAGACUUCAAUGAAGCACUUAUUAGUGUAGAUCCCAGUAAAUUUCAAGAUAGCUGGAGGUUGUCUGAUGGAUUUGUAGCCUCUGAGGCUAAAACACUUCUCCCACAUGGAUCACGCUCUAGACCGGACCUGAUGGACAACUACCAGGCUCUGGUGCUUUCUGCCUUCAUCAAGAGUAGAUUACUAGAGGGUCUGGUUGAGGUGAUAACGAGCAGUGAUGACACCAUAUCCAUACAGGCCACCAUCUUGGUGGGAGAACUCCUCCAUAUGGCCAACACCAUCCUCCCUCACAGCCACAGCCACCACCUGCACUGCUUACCCACCCUCAUGAACAUGGCGGCCUCUUUUGAUAUCACUCCCGGGAAGAGACUACGGGCAAGUGCUGCAGUCAACUACCUGAAGUGCUUUCAUGAGAAGAAGAAGCGUGGACCCAAACCUCACAGUCUCUAUUUGGACCACAUCCUCCGCACAUCAGGAGCAUCGCAUUGUUGUCGUGAACAGCACCUUAGACCUCAGAGAGACAUUUUCAUUGUCAAGGAGACUGAGGAUACUCUGAUGACAAACAUAAGAGAUUGCCAUAUCCUCAGCCACGAGGAGAACCUGGACUGGAACUGGUGCCUUAUCGGAACAAUUUUAAAGUACCCAAAUGUUGGUCUACGUAGCAAUAAGGAUGAACAAAUGCAUAAAUUUGUGCGAAAGCUGCUUUUCUUCUACAAGCCCAGCAGUAAGCUGUAUGGCAGCCUGGAGCUGGAGCAUCCCAAGGCCAGACAGCUCACUGUGGUGGGCUCUCAGUUCAUAGAGUUCCUCCUGGCGUCUGAGGAGGAGGGUCAGGUGUACCUGGAAGACCUGGUGAAGGACAUUGUACAGUGGCUGUUUUCCUCAGCUCCGCUCAAACCUGACCGAAGUCUGCAGGGCAGCGGGCUGCUAACCACACUCAGCCAGUACUACUUCCUCUUCCUGGGCACCCUGUCAGCCCACCCACAUGGUGUCAAGAUGCUAGAGAAAUGCAGUGUCUUCCAGUGCUUGCUGAACCUGUGUAGUCUGAAGAAUCAAGAAUACCUGCUGAAGUUGACAGUCUCCACACUUGACUACAGUCGAGACGGUUUGGCUCGAGUCAUUCUGUCAAAAAUCCUCACUGCUGCCACUGAUUCCUGCAGGUUGUAUGCUACUAAGCACCUGCGGGUUCUACUGCGUGCCAAUGUGGAGUUCUUCAGUAACUGGGGCAUCGAGCUCCUGGUCACUCAGCUUUACGACCGCAAUAAGACCAUUUCCAAAGAGGCACUAGACAUCCUGGAUGAAGCCUGCGAAGACAAGACCAACCUUCAUGCACUGAUAGAGAUGAAACCCGCUCUCACACACCUGGGGGACAAGGGUGUGCUACUGCUGCUAAGGUUUUUAUCUAUCCCAAAGGGGUUCUCCUAUCUCAACGACAGAGGAUAUAUCACUAAACAGAUGGAGAAAUGGCAGAAGGAGUAUAACCUGAAGUAUGUGGACAUGAUAGAGGAGCAGCUCAAUGAGGCCCUCACCACAUACCGCAAGCCUGUUAAUGGAGACAACUAUGUACGCCGCAGCAACCAAAGGUUACAGAGGCCAAAUGUUUACCUUCCUGUGCACUUGUAUAGCCAACUGGUUCAUGAUAAGACUGGCUGCCAGCUUCUUGAAGCCCAGAAUGUGGUUCCUGAUUUGAGCUACAGUGUUCGAUCUCCAGCCCUGGACAAAUGGGAGGGCAUCAAACAGCUGAAAGCAGCACUUUGGGCUUUGGGAAACAUAGGCUCAUCAAACUGGGGUCUGAACCUGCUGUUGGAGGAGGCGGUGAUCCCUGACAUUGUGGCUCUGGCCCACCACUGUGAGGUUCUGUCCAUCAGAGGGGCGUGUCUGUAUGUGCUGGGCCUCAUCAGUAAGACGAGGCAGGGUUGCGACACAUUGAAGCAGCAGGGCUGGGAUGCUGUAAGGCAUAGCCAUAGCACAUGGUGGCCUGUGGUACCUGAGGAAGUGGAGCCGCAGCCCAAACCCUACAACCUGCUGUCGUCUGUCCCCAGUACCCUCAGCCUUACCGAGUCCAUCAGCUCCAGACACAACAGAGAGAGUGACUCAGUACAACCCAGUUUGUAUAUGCUAGAUGAUGACAGGCUAGAAGGCUGUGACUUGUCAGAGGAGUCUUUGUACAUGUGCCCCAAGCUGAUGAAGGACCGAAGCACUUUCACCAUGUUGGCCUCCAGCCGCUUCCGCAACCGCCUUCUCCACUCUCUGUCUCUCCCUGGAAAGAAGCCCAGCACAACCCCUUUCCCUAAAAGCAGCAGCCAAGGCCAGUCAGGAGGGCUGAGUGGAAAACAGGGGCUUUCUAAUGCAGAACCUGCCAGCUACUCAUUUGGAGAGAAUCAUGGGAGCAACCCUAGCUUUGGGAAGGGAGAUAUGGAUGGGUCAGUGGUCCGGACAGUUGAGAACCACCCGGAGCAGAGCAGCUAUGGGCGUUUGGCUGAAGAUGGGCCUCAAGGAGGCAGUGGAGCCCAAUUUAAAAGCCGUAGCCACAGCUUUAACACAGACACCACCACCAGCGGCAUCAGCUCCAUGAGCUCCAGCCCCUCCAGGGAGACCCUGCCCUCCACCAUGGACACUGACUGUGUCAGCCUCAACACUGUGAUAAGCACCCAAACCAUCCAGAGCAUGCACUCAGUGACACCCCGACCCUGCUCCACACCACUCUCAAUUCCCAAGUCCUGCUCGACCUCGCUUGUACGUCCUGGCUCCUCUCACACUUUGCCCCGCCGAGCCCAGUCUCUCAAAUCUCCGUCAGCAACCACCCUGAGCAGCUUAGCUGACUACAGCCUCAUGUACUCCAGCUCCAGAGAUGCAUUGGGAUACACCAUGCUGAAGUACUCCAGCUCCCAUAAUGGCUGCACAAGUCCUCGCGACGCUCUGGGCUACGCCACUCUGAGGAGGCUGCAAUACCAACGCAUCCGGACAUCUCUGUCCCACAGCGAGGCCCUUGGCUCCCCGGCCAAAGACAUGCUCUUCACUGAUGCCAUCACCAUGAAUACAGGCAGUCUGGACUCCAGACUCCCUUCACGAAGAUUCCUGAAAGCUCUGAGCUUUGCAUCUCUGGAUAAGGAAGAUUUGUUGAGCCCAAUCAACCAAAGCACACUCCAGCGCUCCUCUUCUGUACGCUCCAUAGUGUCCACUGCCACCUAUUGCUCCUCUGAUGACUACAUAGGCCUUGCCUUGCCUGUUAAUAUCAACAACAUGUUCCAGAUUCAAGAAACACCAUAUUUCCAAAAGAGGAUGAGCCCGCCCUCUGAGGACCGCUCUGCUAAAUUCUUCUCUGGAGACACUGAUGGCCCCAGCGGUGGAUGUCGGCCAGCAAGGUUUCGCUCUCAGCCCAAUAUCACUGAGGUGAUGGCGGUAAGCCGGGCAGAACAGCAGCAGAUCCUGGGCUCAGAGGAGACAGGUCUCCGAGAACACAACGAUGACAACUGCCUGUACUGUGCUGGACUUUCUGUGUCUGGCCUCAGCUCUCAAAACAGCAACCCAGAUCUUACAGAGGUGACCCCAUUCUCAGAGUGGUGCAGUCCGCCUCCAGCAAACCAUCCAGACGUCAUGGUCCAAGCCAAGCUGUCAGGGGUGUCUGGAUGUAGCGACUCUGUGUCCCAGGGAUCUGGGGGUAGUGGUCGCAGCACAGAAUUUGUUUUGGGUGUUAAGUCCAUCCCAGAGGAUGCUCCAGCUGGCAGGGUCCUCCUGAGGAAGGAGGUGCUUCGUCUGGUGAUCAAUCUCAGCUCCUCCGUGGGGACCAAAAACCAUGAAACCAGCCUGUUAACGAUCAAGGAGAAGUUCCCCCACGCGUUUGAUGACAUCUGUCUAUAUUCAGAGGUAUCGUACUUGCUGGCUCACUGCAUGUUCCGCCUGCCCUCACGUCGCUUCAUUCAGGAGCUCUUCCAAGAUGUGCCCUUUAUACCAAUGUAUGAAGAGGCAGAGAGCAUCCUGUCCAUGUCUCCACAGAGGGCCUCAGCUCCACCCUCUCACCUCUGACGGCUGAAGCCUGACUCACCCUCAACUCAAUCCUGUUUGUGAAUUCUAAUCCAGCGCUGACCUCUCCCCCUCACUCACUGCAAUCCCAACAUCCCCUGCAGCUGCUGUCUGCUCACCACACAUGAGAGAGAGGGGGAGCAACAACUUUCAGAAAUAUUGUCUUAGUACAUCCAUCUGAUCACUUCUGUUGAUGCCAGCUGAAGUUGUUUUUUCCCCUCACCUUUUGUUUCUUGUACCCUGUGAUUGUGUGAGUGUCUGGAUCUCACCAUUGUUAUGACAAAAAGAUGAAAAAAGUGUUCCCAAAGUGAAACUUUUAACACAACACUAAAGCUGAUGUGCCAAUACAGUACCUGUGCUUUUGAUAUACAGUAACAACAAACUUUUCCUCAUUGUGACGACUCUUGUUGUAGAUGUUGAUUUGUCUGAUGUUUGCACAUGAGCAGAGGAUGUAAAAACAGAUGGAGUGAAGUCAGACAAUCUUCGGUCACUGAUGCAGUUUGGUGAUUACUUACAAAGAAAUGCACCUUCCCCUUCUUUCAUUGUGUUCUAGUAAUUUUAGCAAUCUUAAGCACUUACAUUAAUGGAACAUACAUGGUGAUUUAUUUCAUCAGUUAAAAACACUCGAUUAAUCUAACUACUGUAUUCAAUUCAGUUUUGUUUUGUUUUUGCCUGAUAAGUAUUUGAGUGAACAUUCCAACGUUUAUGAACAUGAACAUAAUUAUGUAGUGCAUUUUUUUUUGGACAUCAGGUACGUCUAUGUAUUAAUAUAGCCUAAAGUUACUUGCAUUUCUUGACUUUCUAGUAAUUUGUUGUUACAAAGCAUUUUUCCACCAGUUAUGUGGUUAUUUUUGGUUUUUGGGUUUGAGAUUUGCACAAAGAAGUCCAUCAUAUCAAAGUGGAAAUGGCAUUCGGGACAAAUAUGUGACGACAGAAGUAUAUGAACAGAAAAGAAAAAAAUUGUGGCCAUAACUAUUGUUUAAUAUCAACAAGGAUUGUGCCAUAUUAAGGUAUUAGUCUGGGGUUUCGGACACUGUUUGGCUUUUUUGCCACUGUAGCAAUAUAACUACUUUUAGAAAUUAAAUCUUUGCACCCUUUAAAAAUUGGGGCACCACUUUCAUUAGAAGGAAAAUAAAUAAACCAAAUUAAACAGUCUCAUAA